AUGUUGAGGCGCACGCCCUCGCGCCUCGCGAAGGAGUUGGUGUACUUUGAGAUCUGGGAGCACUUUAAACGCUUUGGAGAUGCGAAGGGCGCCGACAGCGUGACCUGCCGAGUCCUUUGCGCCGAUGACGUCGCGGAGCGGCUCAACGGGCGGGUGAAGAUGCGGUACUUGUUGGAGCAGUUCCUCGUGAAGAACACCUCUGCGGGAGGCGCGCGUGGUGAGCAGCAGAGCUGGUGGACGGGGGACUUCGCUCGCAGCAAAAAUAGUGACCGCCGCGUCCUGGCGGAGAUGUUCCUGGACGACGGCUGGGCGUUGACGCAACUCAACAACUGCGUCUCCGAGCGCGAGUGGCUCAUCACCACCAUGACGUUUCUGCGGGAGCGGAGUGACGCGUGA